UUGUCUCGCCAGUACGCGAGCAUUUCCCGUCAGAUGCGAACGUGUGGACCACUGUACAAUAUAACGGAUUAAAUGAAAUAAUCGUGUUAAUAUAGUGACAAUCGCUCGGUAUUCAGUGUUUAGUGUUAUAUUAUUGUAAUUGUUUUAUAAGGAUUCAGUUUUUCGUAAAAUGGACGAACGACCAGAGACGACUAUCACAACUUAAUACAAGAAAUAUAAAUAAACGAGAAAUUAUACUAACCAGUUCCCAGCAUCUGUGAUUUAAAAAUAAGUAAUAACGAUCUCUUAUUAACAUAUAACGUAAGUUUAUAUAAAUAAUUUAAGGAUACAUAGAAAAGAAUAAUAAAAGAAAGACUAAAGAUAUAGAAAAAUGCCAGCGAUACUCUCAAAGAUUCGGGAGCAGGCGUCGAGGGUACAACCCACAGUGGCACUGGGUGUCGGUGUCGGUGUUGCUUUAGCUGCUUGUGCUCUGUACGGAACGAGGGACAAGAAACAACCACCACCAUGCAACAAUAAUAAUAAUUACAAGUUGGCGAAGAAUGGUAAAUACCAUUCGGUUGAAAAUGGCGCCAGUGAAACGUGCGGGGGACGCUGCGGGACGGAGCAGUGCGCACUCUGCCGAGGAGAUGCAGACACAGACAACAAACAGAAUAUUGAAGAUGCAGAUGAAACCCUUUCAGUACCAGAGGAACACGUGCCCGGCCUGAAUUUAGAGUUCCUCAGACAGCUGGGGACCCUCGCCCGUAUCAUGGUGCCAGGGUUCCGCAGCCAUGAAGUGGCGUUGCUCAGUGCACACACCCUCUGCCUUUUCUCUAGAACAUUCCUUUCAAUAUACGUAGCUUCUCUAGAAGGAUCCAUAGUGAGGCAUAUUGUGCAAAAGGAUAUGCGCCGCUUCGCAGCACUCCUGCUGCAGUGGUUCGGUAUCGCGAUACCGGCCACCUUCAUCAAUUCCAUGAUCAGAUACCUAGAAAGCAGACUGGCGCUUGCAUUCCGCACCAGGCUGGUGAACCACGCCUACGACCUGUACUUCAAGAAUCAAACAUACUACCGCGUCUCCAAUCUGGACGCCAGAAUAGAGAACGCAGAUCACAGGCUAACAGAAGAUGUAUCAGUAUUCACGCAGUCCGUAGCUCACCUGUACAGUUCCCUGACGAAGCCGUGCUUCGAUCUGCUUCUCAUCGUACUGACGCUGGCCAGUUAUGCCAGCAAGAUGAAGGGCAACAUAUUAAUAGGUCCGGGCAUAGCGACGGUGGUGAUCGUGCUGACUGGGCAGCUGCUGCGGCUGCUGAGUCCCAGGUUCGGUGCCUUGGCGAGUGAGGAGGCUCGCAUGCGUGCUAACCUUCGUCACGUCCACUCGCGGCUCAUCGCGCACGCUGAGGAGGUCGCCUUCUACGGAGGUCACAAGGUGGAGCUAAGUCAGCUGCAGUCGGCGUACAAGGAGCUGGUGGCGCAGAUGACUGGCGUGUUCAACAAGAAGCUCUGGUACGUGAUGCUGGAGCAGUUCUGCAUGAAGUACGUGUGGUCCGGCACUGGAAUGGUGAUGCUAGCGCUGCCCAUACUCACAGGCACCACGGAAGGCGAGGGUGGUGGCGGCAUCAGCGCUCGCACAGAGUACAUGACCACCUCGAGGAACCUUCUCAACUCGGCUGCAGACGCCAUCGAGCGGCUGAUGUCCAGUUACAAGGAGAUAGUGACGCUGGCGGGGUACGCGACGCGCGUGUCGGACAUGUUGACGGUGUUUGCGGAGGUGGCCAAGGGCCGAUGUGUGCGCAGUGUGCACGUGGCGCCAGCUAUAACCGCGCCACCAGGCACCUUCCAGGUCACCUUCAAGGACAACCAUCCCGUGCCGCAAGGCGUGGUGACGUACUCGAGCGACCUGUCGAUCACGCUGCGCAACGUGCCCAUCGUGACGCCGGCCUGCGACGUGGUGGCCAGCGGCGUCUCGCUCACCAUCGCGCCCGGCACCCACCUGCUCAUCGUGGGGCCCAACGGCUGCGGCAAGUCCAGCCUGUUCCGCAUCGUGUCGGGGCUGUGGCCGGUGUUCGGCGGCGAGCUGCAGGUCCCGCGCCCGUGCGGCUGCAGCGUGUGCUCCGACGAGACCAACACCCUCGCAGACGACGUCUGCGCCUCCAGACCCAUCAUGUUCUACAUCCCUCAGAGGCCGUACAUGUCGGAGGGCACGCUGAUGGACCAGGUGACGUACCCGGCGCGCGUGGCCGAGGCCGGGCCGCACGUGGCGGCGGCGGAGGCCCGCGCGCGCCGCAUCCUGCGCGUGGUGCGCCUCGACGCCUGCGCGGCGCGCCACGGGGGGCUCCGCGCCUCCGCCGACUGGCGCGCCACGCUCUCCGGCGGAGAGAAGCAGCGCAUGGCCAUGGCCAGGAUGUUCUACCACAGGCCAGUAUACGCGUUACUGGACGAGUGCACGAGCGCGGUCUCGAUGGAGACUGAAGUGGUUAUGUACGAGGAAGCCGUCAAGGAAGGCAUCACCCUGCUUUCCAUCACCCACAGGCCCAGCGUCUGGAAAUACCACACCCACGUGCUGGAAUUCGACGGUACCGGCAAUUGGUCGUUCCGGCCGCUGGAGAAGGACGCCCCAGCUAUCACCACCGGGCUGACUGGCAUCCUCGGAGGCUCUGCAGCCAACGGAACCAGCUCCAGUGCCACCACUGCGCCUGCCACGACUGAAGUUACAGACAGCAGUGAUGAGUAAAGGAUACUUGCCAAAUUUAGCAAAUUAUUGUGAUUAAUUAAUUAGUAUAUAUUGCACACCUUUGUAUACAAUUUGGAAAAUACACUCUGAAGUUUUAAGUUUAAAGUCUAAUUUCGAAGAUUUUUAUUAUUUAUUUUAUUAAUAUUAGUACUUAAAAUUAUAAAUAUUGGAAAAUCUACUCUAAAGCUUCAGCAUUAAAGUCUACUUUCAAAUGUUAGAUUUAUUUUAUUUAUCCAGCUUUUCAUAAAAUACAACAUUUUGAAAAUCCACUCUAAAGUUUUAACUUUAAAAUCUAAUUUCAAAUAAUUUAAAUAUUUUUAGUUCAUCCGGUUAUUUUACUCUAAAACUACAAAGUUUGGAAAAUCAACUCUAACGGUGUAGCCUUUAAGUCUACUUUAAAAAAAAUGAAAUUCAGUAUAUCCAGUAUUGUACUAGGUGUGCUAUAUAUUCUAUAGCAAUGGACAGUAACACUAAUGUAUCUUAUUCAUAAAAAAAAUAUAUUUCAUAAACCUGUUUUAGUUAUUCAACUAUUCUGUCCUUUUCUUAUAAGUUAUUUUGUUAAUUUAAAAGAAAGAGAUAAAAGAUAGAUAAUGGUUUUUAAAACAGUUUAAUUGAUAAAUUGGUUUUUAUGAAUAAGACGGUUAGUUACUUAACAUAUACAUACAAGUUAAAUUAUAUCAAUAACUCUAUGUUUAACUGUGAUUAAAUGAAUUAACCGAAUUGUGGGAAUUAUCAGUUCAAAAUAAUUUCAAACAGAAUUUUAUAUCCGCUAAUCCGGAUCCUCUUAAUUGAAGCAAAUCCUGAUAAUCGAAAUAUAUCUUUGAUUUGCAAACGAGCCCAAUAAUGUAUCUUUAAAUAAAAGUUUUAACUCCAGAAACCAUUUAAUAUGGCAACAAAAAACUUCCUUAAUUGUAUAUAUAUGUAACAUUACAAUAUAUAAAAAGGUCAUAACAUUAAUAAGCGUGAAGAUAUACUCAAAAACAUACUUUUUCUCUUUAAAUAUAUUCUUUCCUUACGAAAGUCGAAAAGGCCAUGUUGAUAUAGCGGUCACGUCACUCCUAGUCUAUAUAUUAUAUAUGGGAGAUAGAAGCCUACCUAUAAGAUAUACUACUGGAAGCGGCCCUAAAUUAUGAACACAGUUAAUGUUUUUGUUAUAAAUAACUUUAUGUACAUGUAAAUCAAUUUGAAGACAUUUUUGCUUGUUUUGUAGCAAUGUUCGAUCGGUACAAAUGUAUUACAUAUAUAUUUUUAUAUGUAGAUAUUGUUGAACAUGUUUAGUUUUUAAUCCUGAAUUUCUUCUCAAAUCAUAUAACAAAACAAUUAAUAAAUUAAUUAGAAAAUAAUUAAAAUAAAAGGCCGGCAACGCACUUGCAAUUCCCCUGGUGUUGUGGGUGCUCAUGGGCGGCGGUCACUUACCAUCAGGUGAGCCGCAAGCUCAUUUGUCCUCUAUGCUAUAAAAAAAUCUGAAUAUAACUUAACACUUUCAACGAUAAGCGAAACUGGAAUAAACCGGUUUACACUAGUUAAUUAAACUAGUAUAAACUGGUUUAUUCCAGUUUUAGUGCCUGUAAUACAGUACUACAAAAACAAAAUCGUCUUCAAGCUGAUUUGUCUAUAGUCUAUACAUUAUGUUAAGCUCUUAUAUUAAUAUUAAUAUCGUUUAUUAAAUAAACACAGUCCAAUUUUAAUAUUAAAUAAAUAUAGCAUUUGAUACAUACACUUGUGUACUUAUAAAACAAAAUGGUUGACGGACUUGUAAAAAUAUAUUUUUUUAAUUGCAUUUCUUUUGUGUCGGACUUAUAUUUUUUAAUGUUUUUUUUUUAUUCGUGUCGUCGGCGGUUUGUGACCACAGAUAUGUAAUAGGUACAUUGCAGAUUAUGUUGUGAUAUUUUAGUUUGUUAUGAUUAUUUUUAGCGACUGUUAAUUAAUUGUUUUGCUUCUAUGAUUUUAUUUAACAUAUAAUUACAAUGUAAUGUACAGGGUUGUACGAUAUAGAAAUGAAAACUAAAUAUAAGUUAUUUAAAUAUUUACAUGUACAACUGUAAUUUUCAAUAUUUAUUAUUGUAUUUUGGUAUGUCUUUUAUUGAUAUUAGUCAAAAAUAAGAAUAUCGCAUAUAGAAUAAAAUGAUUCACAGAAAUAUUUUCCUGUUUUAAGUAUUUCUAUUUCAAUAAAAGACACACGAGAGUUGUGACAGGUUAUAUAAACAUGGAAUCACAUAUAUUAAUUACAUCACUAAUGGUACAGCCAUGCGAAAACAACACUUAUGAACCUAAUUUUACUUUAUUUAUUUAAUUUAAAUUCUUUGUAAUUAUCACAUCACAGUGACAAUAUAUAUAUUUAAUUGUUUACAUGUCUGUACAUAUACGUUUUAUUUUCCAAAGUGACGGUAGAAUGGAUUUAGGAGAGGUGUGUGUUACAUACAAUAUUCUAGUAUCAUAAAUGGAUAUAUGGGCGCAAUAUACACUGUGACGUCCCGGGUGCUGUUCGUUAUGGUUACCAUAUGAGGCCGUAAGCUUAUUUGUAAUUUUUUUUUAUAAAGAAUUUUGUAUGUUUUUAUUACUGUUUAAAAAACAAUAUGAGAUUGAAAGGGAUGACGUUGGGAAGUCAUUAUACUAUAUUAUGUUGUAUGUAUGUGUGUAUAUAUAAAAAAAAAAUAUUGUCGGCAAUACUUAACGAUUGGUUUGAUAUUACUGAUAAAAUUAACCUGAGUAAUCUAAUAACGGCAAUUUUUAAAUAUAAUCUGUAGUAAAAAUUAAGUAAUGAACUGUAUAAUUCAGUUAUCUAUGACCAUCCUUUUUUUUUUAUUUAAACAUCACACGACUUUUUUUUUCUCUUAUUUUAGCUCCGGCGGUAUGUGUUGCCAUUAGCCACACGACUUUAAGUGGGAGAGUAUUGUAGCUCUACUCCAGAUAUUUGAUAAAUUAAAAAAGAAUAAAUUGUAUGACAAUCCCAGUGCCUAAAGUUACAGGUGCUUACAAUAUUACAAGCGUUAGUGAUGGUCACAUGUAAAAUGAAACGGCGGACAUGCUGUCUCCCUCGCACCCUUGGAUAUUUGUGUAACGGUUUUUAAUUAACAAUUAAUGUUAACAUAUUUUUUUAUAUUAUGUGAGAUUGUCAAAGUGGCUGUUGAUUAUUUUAUAUAUAUAUU